AUGGCAGUUGAGGGUGUGGCGGGAAACUGCAGUAGUGACGUAAACAUGUAUAUACAUGAUAGUUCUGGUGAUGAACAGUAUAUUACACACCUAAAUGAUAAUUUCUUCCAUACCAAAUUUAAAAUUGAUCCCAACGAAUUAUAUACAUUUCAUGAUUCUGAUGUUAUUGCUAGUGAAAUAACAGUCGGACACACAGAAGACGCUUUUAUAUUUUCCGAAAAUGUUGAUGUUAAAAAUAAAUUAUUGGAUAGUCCUAGUAAAGAAGUAGAUAUUGAGGAUACUUUACCUAAUGGAGAUGUCAAAGAGGAAGUAAAGUUGGAGAUUCCUAAUGGUCAUUAUACAGCAUUAUUGAAAAAAAAAACAAAUACAGUUCCUGAUGAAAGUGUAGAGGCAAAAGUACAUAAAAAUAAAUGUCAUAUAACAAAAGAAGCCAUUAUAGCAGCUGCUGCUACUGAAGUUCGCCAUGCAAGUACUCAUAGCUCUAAAGGACAUGCUACACCUGUUGCCAAUAACAAGAGCAGUGUUAGUAACUCAAUACCAAAUAGUACACUAUCUACCACAUCAUCAACCUCUAAAGCAGCAGGACCUGAAACUUUUUUAGAUGUUUUUAAAAGAGAACAAGGUCUUGUUGAAAAUGCUAUCAUAAAGACUGAGCCUGAAGUUCAGCCAUCAGUUAAAUUACCAUUUCCCACACCUAAGAAAUCUCAAUCAGGCAAAGUUGUAUCUUAUCCAAAAUCACGGAAAGGCCGGGGCCCAGCAGUCCAUGAAGCACUGCAGCGGAUACCUUCAAAUCGCGCUAUACCAAUAUCCAUCAAGACUUGGCACGCACCUGGUGAAGAACUCUUUGAAUGUGGACCACUAACCGAUAGAAAAGGCUUUAGACAAAUGGAAAGCAGCAGCAGUGAUGAUGACUACAUGCCAGAUUCCGAUUUGGGUAUGGGACCGGUCUGCGUGGAGGAGACUGCGGCAGAGACACGCGCCGCCAGACUAGCAUUGCGACGAGCCGCACUCAGAAGACACGUAGCUAGGGUAGGCACAGAAAUGCGUUUUUCUGGACAUCAUAAGGAGCAAAGGUCGCUGGCGACGUUGAUAAAGAAACAGUUAAACACAAAGGGUAGCAGUGGUCACUUGCCUCCACAAACCAUCAACUAUUUAUUGGCAUUACGUGGAAUGCCCAUGCUUCUUUCUUCUAACGAACGCAAGCAAUUGAGGGAAACCGGUUGGUCCGGUGGUGAGAGUGGAUCAUUGUCUCGCGUAUCGGACGGGUGUUGCGCCGAAGAGCGUUGCACAGAAUCUCCGCUACCUUGCGGUCGAUAUUGUUUGUCGCACGUGACGCUAGCGACCGAGCAGCGGCUGUACGCGGCGUGCGCGGCGGUGUUCGCCGGCGGGUCGCGCUGCAUGCAGCCGCUGUUACCGCUGCAAGAUCAGACGCCGCUGUGUCCAGAACACGCUUGGAAAAGGGACAACUACGAUAAGUUGGCACGAGAUUGUCGCCCGAAGAAGACGGUCCGCAAACGUAUAUGGGCGGCCCCGGCCCGGCCCCCGCGGCGUGCUAAGAGGCGGCGACGGCCCCCAGCCAGGGCCCCUUCCAGCACUCGCACUCCACACUCUGUAACAGAGCGAACGCCCACCGCCGAACAGAGUUUAUCAGAAAUCAAUGUGUGUUCAAAUUCUUCUACGUACGAUAGUUCCGAAGACACAGCGAUAGGAGCCCUAAGUGAAAAUGAAUAUAUCACAGUGGCGAAUACCUCACAUGAAUUAGAAGUAGAAGUGGAGCAUGCUCCCCACGACGACAUACUUGAUCCGUCAGUCCUCAGCCAAAUUCCCGAUGAAGCAUUCACAGAAUUUUUCAACCAAGCGGAAGGCAGUGCCACUUUUGCUGAGAGUUCGGAACUAGCGGCCGCGUUAGAGGCCGUGUUGGACGAACGUGUGUUGGACGAGCGAGUAUUGGACGAGCAUGAGGUGGACGAGCAUGUGGUGGACGAGCAAGUGGUGGAUGAGCAUGUAGUUGAUGAACGUGUGCUGGAAAACAUCGGUGAUUCUAUUUACUUGCAUACUGCGCAAACACAGCUCAUGACCAAGAUUCAGGUACCAUCGUCAGUGUCCAUGGAAUUAUCGACUAGCGCGCCCUCAUAACAUAGUAACUUUAUUCUUUUUUACUGUAAGUUUUAAUAGCUAUGUACUAUAAACGUUAGGAACAAAUUCGAUAUUGAUAGUCUCAAGGGUUGAAAAUGUUUUUCUUCAUGCUUUAAGUUUCGUAUGUAAGGGAUGUGACUAUGAUGUUAUUUUUAAGUGGACUAUAUUGUUAACACAUUAGUGCAUGUAUGCUUAUUUGAAACUAGUAAAAGGUUGAUAUCCUAUAGGCGAAGUA